CGGAAGAGAGAUGAUCAGUCCUCGCGAGGCAAGUCGACAACGAUGAUCGGCUAAACGCGCGCCUUUUGUAACCCUUUUUUUUGUACUAUCUCGUCGAACUUGCAGUGCUUGUGCUUGAAUCAUGUAUAUUUCGCCAAUAUUGUCGGGCGUGCUGCUGCUGGCCUGGGGCACGCAGGCUAGUGUCUGGCCCUAUCAUCACGGCGGCUCGUCGUCGUCGUCGCACGAUGGCGCGGUGAUCGUCAACGGUGACCACGCGUCCCAUCUCCAUCGUCAGGAUGGAUACGUCGUCGGCACUCUGGCGAGGCAUCCGAUCGUUGUCGCGGGCCCCAAUCAGCUGCCCAGUGCUGUGAUAGGACCCUCGCAAGGUCCGGUACUGGUGCAGGGACCUCAGCAAGGCUCGGUCGCGGUGGUCGGCCCGACCGACGGAGGAGCCCGAGUCAUCGGGCCGAAUUCCGGCGGAGCAGCCAUCAUCGGCCCGUCCAGCGGUGGCGCCCAGGUGGUCGGCCCUAACGCGGGCGGCGCCACGAUCGUGGGUCCCGGCGGUGGCAGGAUCAUCGCCCCGGCCCACGGCCCGGCCACCAUCAUCGGCCCGACCCACGGCGGUGCCAGCAUCGUCGGACCCACGGACGGCGGCGCCCAAAUCGUCGGCCCGGUCGAUCGCGGAGCUACCAUCGUCGGCCCCGUGGAUCGCGGCGCUACGGUGAUCGGAGCCAAAUCGACGGGCUCCAGCAUCGUCGGAGCUGCUCACCAUCAUCACGACGACGACUGCACCGGUGGCGGCGGCGGCGUCGAGGUCAGCAGUCAUCACAGCUCGCACUCGGACUCGCAGGCCCACUCGGAGGCUCACAAGGAGGAGCACCACCAGAACCACGUGGUCACCCAGCCGAUCUACAUACAGUCGCCACCAAAGACCGUCUACUACAAAGAAAUAAUCCACGAGCCACCGAGGUACGUCGCCCAUCAUCACCAGACGCACUAUCAUCAUUCUCCCCCGCAAAAUCAGCUGGAAGUGGUCUGCGACCCAGCCGUGGCGGGUCUCUCCGCUUCGGCGGCGGUGCGCGCCAUCGCCGAGGCCGGUCUGCGCCACGGACCCGUCCACGUGUCCACGGUUCACGGCCGACCGGUCAUCACCCUCUCCGGUCCAUCCUCGGGCGGUCAUCAUCUUCAGCACCUCGUGUCGUACUCGGGACCUCAGCGUGUCAUCGCUCACACGUCGCCCGUCAGCGGGGCUCUGCUGGUGAGUGCGGGACCCGCCGGAGUCAGCAGCCACAGCUCGUCCUCGUCGUCGUCGUCGUCGGCUCACGCCUCGGCCUCGUCCUCGUCGCACUCGGACGAUCAUUGGGCUUCCAAGAGAUUCUACUACCCUUGAAAACGAAGAAACUUUGUAUCAAAUUUUUCGCUGAUAUACCAUACGUGUAGAUUUAAGUUUGAAAAAAGAGAGGCUUUUAAAAAGCCUAUAAUAAAAAUCGAAUGAAAAUUA